CUCUUUUAUCUUAUCCUUCUCUAUAGCCAAGCUCCUCUCUUUUAUCUUAUCCUCCUCCAUAAGCCAUAAACAUUAGCGGCAGCUCCAAAAAAACGGUUGGAUGACAUAACAAACGUACGGGCAACCAAACCAAUGGCGGAUGCACUUCCUUCUUCGUCAACUCUCUCUUUACUCACUCUACCCAGCUUGCCUCCUCAAAACCCAACUAGACCACUGCAGCAUUCUUGUUUCAUCUCUACCGCCCGAAAGCGUGAUCUUGUUCGAUGCAAGGCCAAGAAGAAAAUAAGCUUGGCAGACCAAAUUCUUGAUUACAUCGAGGGGGGUCCCAAGUUAAGGAAAUGGUAUGGGGCACCUGAGCUUCUACCGAAAGAUGGAUCCGCAGAUGAAGAAGAUGAGGAUGAAUUCACAGAAGGAGAAGAACUCAGGGAUGCUGUAUUGGUAACUGAUGGAGAUAGUGAGAUGGGACAGAUGGUAAUAUUGUCAUUGAUCGUCAAAAGAGCUAGAAUAAAAGCGCUGGUGAAGGAUAAGCGGGUAGCACUUGAAGCGUUUGGGACUUAUGUUGAGUCAAUGGCCGGAGAUUCAAAGGACAAGCCGUUCCUAAAGAGAGUUCUACGAGGAGUUUCCACAGUAAUAUGCCCAAAUGAAGGUUUCUUAUCUACCGUUGGGAGCUUGAAAGGGGUAAAACAUAUAAUCCUCUUAUCUCAGUUGUCCGUCUACAAAGGUGCCAAUGGCAUUCAAGCUCUCAUGAAAAGCAAUGCAAGAAAAUUGGCUGAGCAAGAUGAAUCAAUAAUGGUGGCCUCUGGAAUCCCUUACACCGUGAUCAGAGCUGGCUCGUUACAAAAUUCUCCUGGUGGAACUCAAGGUUUUAGCUUUGAACAGGGAAGUGCAGCAAAAGGAACCCUUAGCAAGGAGGAUGCAGCCUUUAUUUGUGCAGAAGCAGUUGGUGUAGUCCCUCAGAGAGGAUUCAUAUUUGAGGUGGUGAAUGGAGACGAAAAGGUUUCAGAUUGGAAAGAGUUUUUGAACGCAAUGCUGAAGAAGUCAGAAGAGCAACCUCAGUAAUCAGUUUGUCUAUUUUUCAAUAUGUUUUUCUGCUGCAUAUACAGGCUGCACCAUGGAAACUGCAUCUACCUUUACAAAAAUUAUUGGUGCCAGAAUCUGUUAUAUCUUAGUUAAUAUAUUUUUUAAAUAAAAUUUUAACGGCUAAAAAGUUCAAAAUA